GCUCGGACUCUGGCUACUUUCCUUCUUUCUAUCCGACUCUGGGCACGAGGGUCUGUCUCUCCUUAGGACCCGGAGCUUUGGUGCCGAGCUCUUCGCUUGGCUGCUCCGCGCUCCGCAGAGCCAGCGUCGGGUGCGCAGCGAGCUGCACGUCCCGCCCUUCGAGGAGGGGUGUGACCUGAGAGUUUAGAUAAGAGGUGCCUGCUGUCUGGCACACCCGGCGGCCCGCGGAGCUUCCUCAGCGGCGCAGCCUCUCCUCCCGAGGCGCGCAUGGAGCGGCGGGGCUCUACGCACCCGGACGCCGGGGCCCUGGCCCUCCCGCAGCCCACCAUCAUGCAGUCGUUCUACCGCUGCCAAAACACCACCUCGGUGGAGAAGGGCAACUCGGCGACAAUGGGCUGGGUGCUCUUCAGUGCGGGCCUCCUGGGCAACCUGCUGGCUCUGGGGCUACUGGCGCGCUCGGGGCUUGGGUCGUGUUCGCUGCGCUCACCGCGCCCGCCGCCUUCGGUCUUCUACGUGCUGGUGUGCGGGCUGACUGUCACCGACUUGCUGGGUAAGUCCCUGGUGAGCCCCUUCGUGCUGGCGGCCUACGCGCAGAACAGGAGCUUGUGGGGGCUGGUUCCCCCGCCUGACAGGUCGCUGUGCGACGCCUUCGCCUUCAUCAUGUCCUUCUUCGGGCUCGCCUCGACGCUGCAGCUCCUGGCCAUGGCCCUGGAGUGCUGGCUAUCCUUGGGGCACCCCUUCUUCUACCGACAGCACAUCACCCUGCGCCGGGGCGUGCUGGUGGCGCCCGUCGUGGGAACUUUCUGCCUGGCUUUCUGCGCGCUGCCCUUCGCGGGCUUCGGGAAGUUUGUGCAGUACUGCCCCGGCACUUGGUGCUUUAUCCAGAUGGUCCAUGAGGAGCGCUCGCUGUCGGUGCUGGGCUACUCGGUGCUCUACGCCAGCCUCAUGGCGCUGCUGGUCCUAGCCAUCGUGCUAUGCAACCUGAGCGCCAUGCGCAACCUCUACGCGAUGCACCGGCGGCUGCAGCGGCUCCCGCGUUCCGGCAUCAAGGAGCGCGCGGAGCCCAGAGCCGGCGAGAGAGAGGCGUCCCCGCAGCCUCUGGAGGAGCUAGAUCAUCUCCUGCUGCUGGCCUUCAUGACAGUGCUCUUCACCGUGUGCUCCCUGCCUUUAAUUUAUCGUGCUUACUAUGGAGCAUUUAUAGAUGUUGACAAGAAAAAUGAAACUUCCGAAGCCGAAGACCUCUGUGCCUUGCGUUUUCUAUCUGUGAUCUCAAUUGUGGACCCCUGGAUUUUCAUCAUUUUCAGAACAUCAGUAUUUCGGAUGUUUUUUCACAAGAUUUUCAUAAGGCCUCUUAGGUAUAGAAAUUGUCACAGCAAUUCCUACCGAACUAACAUGGAAUCCAGCCUAUGACAAUGUUUUACACUCUCUGGUAAGCUGAGGCAUGUAUCACACUUGCCAUCAAAGAACCACGACAAAAAAAAAACAAAAACUCUUACAACUAAAUCCUUAAAAGUUAUCUCCCAUAACAAAACAUCUAAAGGUAUUUUCAAAAGUAUUUGAUAUCUGAACAAUGUAUUGUCACUCUAGAUUCAUGAACCAGUUCAGUAGAUUUUUUUCAUUUCAGGUCAUUAACAGUGACUAAAAUUUCAUAUAUUGUAAACAAUGUUAUAAGUCUUAAAGAGAUGAUAUUGUUAUGACAUUUGUACUUGGUGUCCCUAAUUUUUUAGAAAGGUCUUGAGACUUCCAGGUCUUUAUUUAAACCCAAUAGAAACACUGCUGUCUACAGUUAUGUGAUGGGUGUUUUUAAAAUUCUUACCUGAUUCAUUUCUAGUGAAACCGGAUUCAUUUAUUUUGUAUCACAAUUACCCGUCUAAUUCUUUUCUUUGCCAACUGGUGUAAGUAUGCCUGAAUUAUAGACACUCCUCAGAGAAGUGAGGUGGGAAAUGUAGACAAAUCAGGAGUUCGGAGGGGCCUUGUGCAGCCACCUCCUGGAAGGUGCUCACUGCCUCACGUGGAGAGGCAAAGCUAUAAAUAAGUAGACACAAGGCAAGAUGUGACUGCCCACGACCCAGAGAAGAAAAAAUGAUUUUUAUCAUUUAAAGUCCAGUUCCUUGUAUAUUGAAGCAGGAAUGUCAGUAGGAAUCAAAAUUUUGGAGUGGGCUACAAAAUAUUGUUUCAAUUUUGGCACCUCGGUUUCAUAAGCUUAUCAUGUGAAUGACUUCUCUGGGGGAGGGAUUUAUGCUUCUUUGAGAAACAGUGAUGUGUGACUUACCAGAGAGCCCUGUUUACUACCUGUGGUUGUGUGAAGCAGCAGGGCAUUCGCACAUCAAAAAGCCCACCCAGGUCUCCCUCAACCUCAGCUGAGGGUGGUGGCAAUGACCUUAAUUAACAUCUACCUAUUAACAACCAUUUUCUGCUCUUUGUGGAGGAAGUAAGAUCUUAGUGAGGUUCCUGAGAGCUAUAUACUUUCCAAAAUAGAGCAGGAUGGGCUCAGAUGGAGCACAACUGAGCACUUUAAUUGUUCAUUUGAAUGUUUACAAAGGUUAGCAACACUAGGACCAAAAGGGAAAAGUGGGGAAAAUACAGCUGCAGUUAUUAAACUGAACAGGAGACUCUAAACACAGCUCACAGGUGAAAACUCACUUUAGAUAAAGGAACAGAUGGGGGACAUGAGCAGGGUUUCAGCACCUCAGAGUCCUUUUGUACCCCAACACACACAGACUCUGAAAUGGAGAGCCGACUACAUUUUAAUAGACCCGAGAUUCCCAUUCAGCUAUCUGUUCCAAAGACAAGAGUAUUUGCCUUAUUUCCAGCUUAGCAGCAACCCCAUUUUUCACCUCUGGUUUGUUUUAGUGAUGGUAUUAAUCUGGAUACAUAUGUGUGGGGUAUUUUUCUAUAGCAACACUGUGAAAUGGCCAAAUUAGAAAUAUGUGAAUUAUAAGUUGAGAGUAUGAUGUGAUGAAAAAAUGCAGUCAUUUUGAAAGUUUAACUUUCGUUUGUAUAUUUAAUGUGUAAGUACAUAUAUGUUUUAUUGUCAGAGGAAGUGCAUCUUUUUUGUGCUUUCUUUUUGGAAGAUGUGGUAUGAUAAUUGUCAAGGUA